UGCACUUACCCUAAACGAAACAAAACUUACAGCAGCUACUGCAGUCUUCAGGUACGUAUCCGUGUUCCAGUUAAUAGUAGAAAAUCGUGCUAAAAAGUUGGGUUUUGUGGAAAAUUUCCUUCUGCAGUGAUUCUUUUAUCGUUACUCGAUGGCGCACAUUCAGUACACCGACGGUCUAGUGCGAGAAUAUGUGCUGUUCCGUGGAUUUUCCAAUACGCUCAAGUCGUUCGACGCUGAGCUGAAGAACGACAAAGACAAGAGCUUUCGGGUGGAUAAAAUCAUCGACCAUCUGAUGCAACUGAUUCAGGCACACGAUCUGCAGGGAUUGCGCGAUCUGUGGGCUCACUUAAACAGCCAUUUGUUUCGAAAUUUGGAACAUAGCUACACUGCGGCUGUAAAUAAGUUGGAACAAUCGAUCUUGAAGUUCUACUUGAUCAUUGCGUACAUGUCAAACAAGCCUGAUAAAAUCAACGAAUUCUUCUCGAAGCUAGCUCCAGAGCUGGUAUCGCAGAGUGAGUGGAAAGAGUGGUUCUUCUUUCCAUUCUGCAAAACUCCCGAGGAUCAUUCCGCGUUCGCCGUCUGCUUCACCAAGCAAUGGCAGGACACGUUGCUGAUUUCCUUACACAAUUUUCUUUCCACCAUUUACCAAUGUAUGCCUCAGCCAACUAUUUCCAAGGUGGAAACGGAAAGUAGUCUGCUCCGAAAGCUGCAGGAGGAAAAUACCCAACUUCGUACUAAACUGCAGAGCAUCCAACAGCAGACAGCAUCCGCAGCGGCGGCGGCAGCAGCAGCAGCAGCGGCUGGCACCUCCCAUCAGUCCCGUUUAACUUCAUUCAAUGAUCAAAAGUACACCCUGGAUGGCAAAACGCGCUACUCUACGCGAUCAGCCGGAAAUGCCCAGUCCCUGAACGAUAUCAUUCCGUUUGACAUUCCGCCUCCGGCACAUAUUGUAGACGAUUUCUACAUCAUCGCGCAGGAAUCGAACAACAUAGGUAAUGCGGCCGAAUCGCAAGCUCGUGGACUCAAAUCGCUGAUUAGGAACAUCAGUUCCGGUGGUAGUCCCGUGCUGGGUAGGAAGGACACUGCAUCCGAUCGGAACAAGCGCCGGUCGGGAAGUGUGGGAAGCCGGAGCAACUGGAUCCAUGGCUAGGCGUAAAGAGGGAGGUAUGUGAAAAAGUCUUGAUUUUUUUUUUUAUGUUACCAUAUGCUACUCAAAUAUAGGAUCUCAGCUUAAAACUUAGCGAUGGGAGUUUUUGUUUCGAAUGGGACAAAAGAAAGAAAUCCACUCAAAGCGAAAGCGUCGCUUUUUCAAUGAAUAAUUUAUUCAACGUCACGUUACAUUGACGAAUAGUGAAGCAGCUAGGUAAAUAAUUUAUAGGUUUGACCGAUGCGAUAAGCUUUUGUUUUUUUCUUUUCUUUGCUAAGGCCGCCUAAUAUUUCCGUUUUGGGCACCAUUUUUGCCAUUGCACACUGAGAAUAAUUUCCACUGCUACAACUGAGAUUCGUUUCAAUACGAUGUUCAAAUCAAUUCGAACUGUUUAUCGGGAUUAUUGUAACUAAAAUGCUGUUUCCUUCUAAUAUCCUGAUGUCUGAUUAGUCAAAAGAAAAUAACACAUUAAUAAUAAAAGGUGCGCGUUACUGCGUUGUUUGUGCAACAUGGAUACAAUGUUGUUUUCACAUCAUUAGUAGAGUAUAUCAAUAAAACUAUGUAUCGAUCCUAAUUUAAAA